UUUCUUGAGCUCUCCAAAGUUCUCUCACUUCUUUUCUAGUAAAAAGCAAUAAACUUUCACUUGCAAAUAAUCUUUCUGAUUAGAGAACAUCAAACUAACAAUGGCUAUCAGAAUCUCUCGUGUGCUGCAAUCAUCAAAGCAACUUUUAAAAUCGUUCUCACACUCAUCAAACAAUGCCGACGUUCCAAAAGGAUACCUUGCGGUUUACGUAGGAGAGAGGAUGCAGAAGAAGAAAUUCGUGGUUCCAGUGACGUACCUGAGCCACCCUUGUUUUCAAAAACUUCUAAGAAAAGCAGAAGAGGAGUUUGGGUUUGAUCACCCAAUGGGUGGCCUCACUAUUCCCUGCACUGAACAAAUCUUCAUCGAUCUCGCAUCUCGCCUCAGAACUUGAUCGUGAUUCAAGUGAACCAAUUGAUCUAACCCUUUAAUUUCCAUGCGUUUUCUUCAAGACAAAAGAAGAGAUGAUCUCUUUUCCUUGAAAGUGAAACAGAGAUAGGAUGUCUUUUUUUGACUGAUGUAACAUUCCUUUUCUUCCUCACAUUUUACUGAGUUGUUGUUAAUAUAAAACAAACUCAAGAAUUCUUCUAUUGACACUUGAGUUAUCAUU